AUGAUUUAUUCACUGCUUCUCACUUUCUCUCCUUCAAUCUAUUUUUUCUAUCUCCAUUUUUAUUCCUCUUUCUCUAUAUUCACAUCUCUCUUUUUCUUCCUCCCUCUAUCAUUUCUUGUUUCUCUCUCUUCAUUCUCUUCUCCACAUCUCUCUUUUUCUUCCUCCCUCUAUCAUUUCUUGUUUCUCUCUCUUCAUUCUCUUCUCCACAUCUCUCUUUUUCUUCCGCCCUCUAUCAUUUCUUGUUUCUCUCUUUUUCUUCCUCCCUCUAUCAUUUCUUGUUUCCCUCUCUUCAUUUUCUUCUCCACAUCUCUCUUUUUCUUCCUCCCUCUAACAUUUCUUGUUUCUCUCUUUUUCUUCCUCCCUCUAUCAUUUCUUGUUUCUCUCUCUUCAUUCUCUUCUUCACAUCUCUAUUUUCUUCCUCCAUCUAUCAUUUCUUGUUUCUCUCUCUUCAUUUUCUUCUCCACAUCACUCUUUUUCUUCCUCCAUCUAUCAUUUCUUGUUUCUCUCUUUUUCUUCCUCCCUCUAUCAUUUCUUGUUUCUCUCUCUUCAUUCUCUCCUCCACAUCUCUCUUUUUCUUCCUACCUCUAA